AAUUUUGUAUUAUAUAAAAGAAACAAAUCGUUAUUAUAAAAAAAUAAAUAUGAAAUUAUUUAAUAAAUUAAAACACCUCUUUGUGGAGGUUUUACUAAUUGUUUUAUUGAUCAAUUUAACAACCUGUCAUAUGCAAGAGGCGGUUACCACAGCGCCCGCCACUCAGCAGCACUGGCAGCGGCCAGUGCAUACGACGCGCAACACGGUAACGCGUUGGAAAGCGAAUCAAUCUCCUGCAUCGAUGCCUGUCUCAACAACCCACAACUGUGAUUAUAAAGAAUUAAUAACAAAUUUACAUGAUCGCGUAAGUUUGCUGGCAACGGUGGAUGAGGAUCUGCGCAAACGCUUGGAUAGUAUUGAAAAGAAAAUAGUACAAUUUGAAUCCAGUAACUUGGCCCGCAUGGAUUCGCUGGCCGUACAACAAACGGAUUUCACAAAACGUAUGGAUGUCACCGAACACAUACAACGUCUAACACGACAUGGAGUUGAUCAAUUAUUAGGUGAAUUCGAAGAAUAUAUGAAAAUACUAAAUCACACCCAUAUAACCGAUAACAGAAAUCAUACAAACGACAAUACAGAUAAUGAAUUAAAUAUCUUACGUAAGGCAAGACAAGCUGAGCAAAGAGUCCAACAACCGACAUCACAGACUCAAUCUCAACUGCCACAGGGUGUAUUUAUGGUUAGUGAUUCACAAAAAUUAGAUGCUUUGGCAACGUUGCUGACCUCCACAAGAGUUGCUAUUAGUGGCUUGCAAUCCCAAUUACAAGCGAAUGUCUCCAAAUUGAUGCAAACAACUGGAAAUCUACAAAGACGUUUCAACAAUGCCUUUAGAAGACAACAAAAUCAAGGAGGUGCUUUAGUUCCCAAUUUCUAUGCCACUGCCAACAGCCCACAACAAUUGACAACUAGUUGUGCUCAGGGAGUUUUACCCACGAAUGGCAUACUUAAACUGCAAUUGACAGCCACCUCAGAUCCCUUUUAUGUGGCCUGUGAUGAAGAGCUACUGGGAGGUGGUUGGACUUUAAUAAUGAAUCGUUUCAAUGGUGACAUCAACUUCCAACGCGGCUGGUUGGAAUAUAAACAUGGUUUUGGCAAUUUGGCUGGAGAGUUUUUCAUUGGCCUGGAGAAAUUGUAUGCUUUGACUGCUUCUAAUGUGCAUGAAUUGCUAAUAACCUUGGAAGAUUUUGAUAAUAAACGCAAAUAUGCUCGCUACAAUUUGUUUGCCAUUGGCAAUGAACAGGAGUCGUAUGAAUUGAAAUUGUUGGGUAAAUAUGAAGGAGAUGCGGGUGAUUCAUUCAGUUAUCAUGCCGGCAGCAAAUUCUCAACAUUUGACAAUGACAAUGAUGGUUGUGUCGAUUGCAAUUGUGCUCAAUCACACAAGGGAGCCUGGUGGUAUAAUUGGUGUGAUCAAAGCAAUUUAAUGGGUCCUUAUCAUGACAAAGACUUUGACAAAAUUGAGCAAUAUCGCGGCAUGUAUUGGCAAGACUGGUUGGGUCCCAACUAUUCCCUGAAAUCUGCCAAAAUGAUGAUACGCCCCUUGAAUGUGGAGCAAGAUGGUCGUCGUUAAUUGCAUUUUCUUGAAAACCAUUUAAGUUCUUCAGGUUUUUUACUUUUGCCUGCCUGUGAAUUACUGUGUGUAUGUGUUCUUAGUGUACAAUGAAUUGUAUUUUUUUUUCGUAAAUUUCUAACAAAUUUUUCUAAUUAUUUUCUAAGUGUGUCAUCUCACAUGGUAUUCAUUUGAAGUAAAAUUCUUAGUGGGUCAAUGUGCCAGUUGUGUAUUUAAGUAUGUGUUGCAUUUGUAAAUUGUAUUUAUGUUUUCAAUUUGAAAUAAAAUGUGUAUUUUUUUAUGA